CCCUGUCGCCGAAGCCCAGGCAGCAGCAGCGGGCAGGGGCGUCCGUCCGGUCCGCGCGCGUUCGUUCCCCUCCCCGACCGGCAGAUUCCCCGUCCACGCCCCCGCCUUAAAACGCCCGCCACUAAUCCCGUUUCUCACUGCCCUUCCGCGGCUGUGCUGUGCUCUGCUCUGCUCUGCUCCCCGUCUUUCCUCCUCUCCCGGUCUUUCCUCCUCUCCCCUUCCCGCCCAGCGCGUCCCCACGAGGAACCAACCCCGCGGCAUGGGGAUCGUGGAGGAGGCGCACAACCUGCGAGUGGUGGGCGAGGGGAAGCGCGGGGUCAUCGUGCUGGCGCACGGCUUCGGCACCGACCAGUCCGUGUGGAAGCACCUGGUGCCGCACCUCGUCGCCGACUACCGCGUCGUGCUCUUCGACACCAUGGGCGCCGGCCCCACCAACCCGGACUACUUCGACUUCUCCCGCUACGCCACGCUCGAGGGCUACGCGCUCGACCUCCUCGCCAUCCUCCAGGAGCUCGGCGUCCGCUCCUGCAUCUACGUCGGCCACUCCGUCUCCGCGGUCAUCGGCGCGCUCGCCUCCAUCUCCAGGCCUGACCUCUUCACCAAGCUCGUGCUCCUCUCCGCGUCCCCAAGGUACCUCAAUGAUGUGGACUACUAUGGCGGGUUUGAGCAAGAUGAGCUUGAUGAGCUGUUUGAGGCGAUGCGAUCAAACUACAAGGCCUGGUGCUCAGGUUUUGCGCCCCUGUGUGUUGGCGGAGACAUGGAAUCAGUGGCAGUUCAGGAGUUUAGCAGGACGCUCUUCAAUAUACGUCCGGACAUUGCGCUUAGUGUUGCCCAGACGAUCUUCCAGAGCGACGUGCGCAGCCUCCUCCCGCACGUCACUGUCCCAUGCCACAUUGUUCAGAGCACCAAGGAUCUCGCGGUGCCGGUCGUGGUGUCUGAGUACCUGCACAGGCACCUUGGUGGCGACUCCAUCGUGGAGGUGAUGCCCUCUGAAGGCCAUCUUCCCCAGCUUAGCUCUCCGGACAUUGUAAUCCCUGUCUUACUCCGACACAUCCAGCACGAUAUCGCAGUCUAGGUUGGUCAAUCGUUCCUCCAAGACGAUGAGCAUCCGAAGCUGUCUACUUGUCUGUUUGUAUCUUGCUUAAUUGUUCAACGUAGGAUCGCAUCUAUUUGAUGUUCUAAUAAGGUUUCAAAGGUGUUAUGUAGUGUUGGCGGUGGAAAGUGUAGCAUAUAUGUAUGUGUUAUCCAUUGGUCGUCUAAUGUAGGCUACCAUGUUGGAUGCUCUGACAUCUGAAGUCCUUCAGAAGCUCUUCAUGUCAUUUGUGUUCUUUUUUUUCCCGUAUGAAAUUACCAUCUUGUAUAUGUUGGUGUCGAUGAUCAUCAUUUGGGGCUGUAGGAUCGAUGUGCUUGUAUAGUUCUGGGUUCUUUGCGAAGGAGAUAGAUCGGACCAAAUUAGCAAGGAACUCCUUCCAUGUGUAUGAAAAAAAAAACCAAUGUAAUUGCAAGUUAUUCAAACUCAGUUGUACCAAACGUCCAAACCUGAUUAUUGAAACAGGUUGUUAUCGGUCGCUGUGAUUCGAGAA